AUGCGUCGCCUACUUCAAGAAGAAACACUUCAGGAAGACAACUUAUCCAUGAAGCAUCACACAUGGGGCGUAUUCUAUAUCAUCGGAGGCUUAGUCUUGUGCCUAGUUUUGCUGAUUAUUAUUUUUGCCUUUCGGAAAUCAAUCCGAACAACACAACUAGGAAAGUGUGUAAAACGUGAAGACAGCUGUAAAGCUGCGAAAGACUACUUUAGUGGGAAACUUCAAACAAUAAGCUAUUUCAGCUUUCGAACAUUAAAGGAAGCAUCUAAGAAUUUUGACGAGUGUAAUCUUCUUGGAGAAGGUGGAUUUGGACCUGUGUAUCUGGGUAAGUUACAAGAUGGAAGAUUGGUCGCUAUAAAGAAACUAUCUCUUGAAAAAUCACAACAAGGAGAAGAAGAGUUUCUUGCAGAAGUGAGAAUGAUCACAAGCAUACAACACAAGAACCUUUUACGCCUUCUUGGUUGUUGCUCUGAAGGACCUCAAAGAGUACUUGUAUAUGAAUACAUGAAGAACAGGAGUUUAGACCUCAUUAUUUAUGGAAAAAGCAACCAAUACUUGAAUUGGAACAUGAGAUUCCAAAUUAUAUUGGGAAUUGCUAGGGGAUUACAAUAUCUACAUGAAGAGUCACACCUCAGAAUUGUUCAUAGAGAUAUUAAAGCAAGUAACAUUCUCCUUGAUGGAAAUUUUCAUCCAAGAAUUGGAGAUUUUGGUCUUGCUAGAUUCUUCCCUGAAAACCAAGCUUAUCUCAGUGCCACAUUAGCUGGAACAUUAGGUUAUACAGCCCCAGAAUAUGCAAUCAGAGGGGAGUUAUCUGAAAAGGCUGACAUUUAUAGUUUUGGAGUUUUGGUUCUUGAGAUUAUUAGUUGCAGGAAAAAUACCGAUCUUACACUGCCAUCAGAAAUGCAAUAUCUCCCGGAAUAUGCAUGGAAGCUAUACGAGAGGUCAAAACUGAUUGAUCUCAUAGAUUCAAGAAUGCAAAAAGAUGGUUUUUCAGUAAAAGAUGUUAUGAAAACAAUUCAUAUGGCAUUAUUAUGUCUUCAAUCUCAUCCAAACAUAAGACCAGCAAUGUCGGAGAUUGUGGCAAUGUUGACUUGGAAGGUCGAAAUGGUAAAAUCACCAUUAAAACCGACCUUCUUGCACCAUAGACAACAACCAAAGGGCGAAGUUUCUCGGGAAACUAUCUCGGAUAGUUUUCCUUCUACUCUUGAAACUGAAUCACCUUCAUUGACUCAACCUCCAAACUCUAGAGAUUUUGAUGUUGAUGAAAAUAUAGUUUAAGAAAUGGUGGUUUAUGAUGACAAUUUUGUUUAUGUUUGUUUGAUUUGUAAAUGUGAUUCAAACUCAAAACUUGUAGUUAUUUUAAAUAAUUUCUAGCUAAGGUUUGACCAUUUUUUUUGUCCUUUUAUACCUAUUUGUUCUUCUUGUGUGCAUUGAUUGUAAAGCUUGUAAAAGAAUAGCAAUGUUUAGUGGAAAGGGUAGAAGAAGAAUGCUAUAUUUGUGUAUAUAGCUUUUAGCAAACACAGC